AUGGACAAACUCACCCCUGAGGAGCAGGAAGAGCGAGAACAAGGAGAAAAGAAACAUUGUUUCAAUGCCUUUGCUAGUGACAGAAUUUCAUUACAUCGGGACCUGGGACCAGACACAAGGCCUCCUGAGUGUAUUGAACAGAAGUUUAAGCGUUGUCCACCACUGCCCACGACUAGCAUCAUAAUCGUGUUCCACAAUGAAGCCUGGUCUACUCUUUUGCGCACUGUAUACAGUGUUAUGUAUACGUCACCGUCCAUUGUUCUCAAGGAGAUUAUAAUGGUGGAUGAUGCCAGCGUAGAUGAUUAUUUGAAAGAUAAACUGGACGACUAUGUGAAACCUCUGCAGAUUGUCAAAGUGGUCAGACAAAAAGAAAGAAAGGGGCUUAUUUCAGCCAGACUGUUGGGCGCCUCUGUAGCAACAGGGGACACAUUGACCUUUUUGGAUGCACAUUGUGAGUGUUACUAUGGCUGGCUGGAGCCAUUACUGUCAAGAAUUGCAGAGAACUACACUGCAGUGGUGAGCCCAGAUAUCGUCACCAUUGAUCUCAAUACAUUUGAGUUUGGCAACCCUUCCCCAUAUGGAAAUAACCGCAAUCGGGGGAACUUUGACUGGGGUCUGUCAUUUGGAUGGGAAAAUGUGCCCAGUGCUGAAAACAAGAAGAGGAAAGAUGAAACCUAUCCAAUAAAGACUCCAACAUUUGCUGGGGGCCUUUUCUCAAUCUCUAAGGAAUAUUUUGAGCGUAUCGGAAGUUACGAUGAAGAAAUGGAAAUCUGGGGAGGUGAAAAACAUAGAAAUGUCCUUUCGAGUGUGGCAGUGUGGUGGACAGCUGGAAAUCUUGCCUUGUGCAGUUGUGGGCCAUGUAUUCCGCAGCAAGAGUCCUCAUACCUUUCCUAA